AUGCACCUUAUUAUUGGCCAUCAAUCUGAAAAUUUUGCUUAUAAAGUUACCAAAGUGUUUUUGAGAUGUGGAGGAGAUCCGAAUACUCGAUCUACAGAUGGUGUGACACCAACACAUGUAGCUGCAGGAUGGGGUAGAAAUCGUAUUUUACAUUUAUUGCUUAUUAAUGGUGGAGAUCCAUGGGUGCAAGAUGAUGAAAAAAAAAAUGCUUUUAAUUAUGCAUUCGAAGAACAGGAGUGGAAAACUAUUAAAAUGCUUCAUCACUUUCAACAAAUGCAUUUAUCUACCACACUUUCAUCGAAACAAACAUUAAAUUUUGAUAAGUUAUUUAAUUCUGGAAAAGAAUUUAAUUUUCAAAAAAUAUUAUCGAAUAAAGAAAAUGAAUUGUCUGUUUAUGACACUCUUAAAAUCUCGACUAAGUCUGCAAUGACUCAAACCAAAAAUAAUAAGUCUGAUUCUCCUUCUCCGAUUCAAGAUAAAAUAAAAUACUUUGAGCCUACAGUAAAUUCUUCUUGUAUGGAAAUCAAUUGUUGGAGAAAACCAGAAAAGUUAGAAAUGGGUUGGACUAAAAAUAAUCAUAAUGCAUCAUGUGAAUUGUUUAUCGAUGGCAGUUUGAAUGAAGGUUCAAAAAAUACAAUAAGUGACAAGCAAACAUUUAUAUCUACAAUUCACAUUGAAACAUCACCAUCGAAUUCAUCUGACCAAAAUCCUGAAAAAGUUAGUAACAAUGUAGAUCCAACUGAUGUAAGAGGUCAACUUUUAAUUGAACUUCAAGAAGCAGUUCGCCGUAGAUCUAGAUUAAGAAUUUCUGAAGAAAAUUCAGGAGGACAAAAUGAAGUAAAUACUUUAAAUAAGGAAUCAAUUAACAAUUCGAAUGUGUUGAAAAAUAAUCAAAUGAUUUUGGGUCAUUUAAUUAAAAAAAAAAACAAAUUUGAAAUGUGUAAAUUAAAUUCAGUUAAUAAAAGCAUGUUGAAAAGCAUGUCAGAUUAUGCUACACAUGUAAUGAAAGAAAACGAAGGGGAAAAAAGUAAUUUGUGUAAUGAUACAAUUGAUUUAAGUGCAUCUAAUUCUGAAUUGACUAAUAAUUAUAAUAUUCAGGAGUCUGAUUCAAACGUUGAAGAAACAAAUUUACAAAAUAUUCAAACUUCAACAUUACCUCAAAAUAAUUCUGAUGAUUCGACAUUGUAUUUGACUCCUUACGAUUCAAAUUUGAGCACGGAAUUAACCAAUCAAAAUCCAAACAACGAUUCAAUCGUUAGCUUUUUUAGUAUACCCGAAGAACGUAAAGAAAUAAUAAAUAAUGAUGAAGUUGUAAUAGAAGUUCAUGAGGAAAAGGAUUUUACUCCUGUCAUCAGCCUUCUUUCGGAUACGGAGGAUGAUGAAAACGUUUCCGCUCAUUCGUCCACAUCGUCCAUAUCAUUAAACAACAGUAAUAAUUCAGAUUCGUUGAGAUGUGAGCUUAUUAAUUUAGGUUGUAAUCCCGGACCUAUCACGAAAACAACUAAAAAAGUGUACCUGAAAAAACUUAAAAAAAUGAAAAAGGAAAAAAAACCAAUUGUUAAAAAUUCAGAGUGUAAAAUUUUGCCAAGAGUUUAUUCUACGGCCCUUCAAAAAACUUUAUCCAAUGAAGAAAACAUGAAUAAAAUAAUAAAUUAUCGUACGUUGGAAGAGAAAAUGUGUCGAUCGUUUGAAAAUUUCAUCAAACCUAAAUGGAGAGAAGGAAAUAACAAAACGUCGUUUAAUUAUUUAUUGUUAGAUCCAAGAAUAUCGUUAAAUCUACCCGAAAGAGCUCACGAAACGACGAUGAUAAAUAUCUGGAAAUGUUUUUUAUCUUCAAUUUUUUACAUAGGAAAAGGAAAAAGAUGUAGACCUUAUGCACAUUUACACGAAGCUGUUUCCGGUUGGAAAAAACAAAGUCACAGUUCUAACGAAAAAAUAAAUCAAAUAAUAGAAAUAUGGAAAGAAGGUUUGGGUGUGAUUUGCAUUCAAGUUUUUCAAAAUAUAAUUCCCGUGGAAGCAUUUACGCGUGAAGCUGCCAUGAUAGCGGCCAUGGGUUUAUCGAAUCUUAAAAAUGUUAAAAUAGGAGAAUAUUAUGGUGUAGUUUCUUGUUGGCCGACCAAAGAUAAACUUAAUCUAGGAGUGUAUUUAUUACAUAAAGCAUUAAUUAUAUUUCUUAACGAAGGUGAAAGACAAAUAAAGCCCUUUGAAAUCGAUUAA